GAAGAUCUUACUAGAAGCUACUCUGGUGAACCCAAAGUCAUCGCGAUUGUCGGGAUGGGUGGCAUAGGUAAAACAACCUUAGCGAACGAAGUUUACAAUGAUGCGUGCAUUCGUUCUCAUUUUGAUGUUUGUGCCUGGGCUACUAUUUCGCAACAGCACAAUGUAAAGGAAAUCUUGUUGAGCCUUCUGCGUUCUACUAAGAGUGACUCACUUGACAGGAACGAUGAAGCAGAGCUUGCAAAUAUGCUACAAAAGAGUUUAAAGGGUAAGAGAUAUUUAAUUAUAUUUGAUGACAUGUGGAAAACUGAACCAUGGGAUGCCGUGAGACUAUGCUUUCCAAGUGAAAACAAGGGGAGUGGAAUAUUAUUGACGACCCGUAACAUUGAAGUAGCUCGCGAUGCUGGUACAGAGAAUCUUUCUUUGCAGAUGGAUUUAAUGGGUCCGGAUGAGAGUUGGAACCUUUUCAAAAGUGUUGCAUUUGCAAAUGAAGCAUUACCAUCUGAGUUUGAGACUAUUGGGAAGCAAAUUGCAGAGAAAUGUCACGGGUUACCACUAACUAUUGCCGUGGUUGCUAGGCUUCUCAAAUCUAAAAGGGCAAUAGAAGACUGGGAAAAUGUUGCUAAAGAUGUCAAGUCAUUUGUCACAAAUGAUGCUGCUGAACGAUGUUCACGUGUGCUUAGGUUGAGUUACAAUCACUUGACUAGCGAUCUAAAGACUUGUCUACUGCAUUUCGGAAUUUUUCCAGAAGACAGUGAGAUACCAGUGAAGAAUUUGAUGAGAUCAUGGAUGGCUGAGGGGUUCCUAAAGUUGGAAAAUGAUUUGGAAGGAGAGGCCGAGAAGUGUUUGCAAGAGCUUGUCGAUAGAUGUCUAGUCCUCGUCUGCAAGAAAAGUCUAGAUGGAACAAAAAUUAGAUCAUGUAAAGUUCAUGAUCUAAUAUAUGACCUGUGCUUGAGAGAAAUUGAAAGGGAGAACAUUUUUAUCAUGAACGACAUUGUGCUUGAAUUUGAUUCAGGAUGGACAUAUCUCAGUUUGCGAAAAAUGAAGCCCUUUAAACGCGUGACUGGUGAUGAAAUUGAUUAUUGUCGCUCUGGUCUUUAUAGGGCUCUUCUUACCCCUGUACAUCGUCAGUUGAGAGAUCAUGACAACAACGAUCUUUUCAAUCGAACCCGUUCUAUUUUCUCUUCUUACCCCUGUACAUCACAUCUUUUUCACAAAUCAGAGCUUAUUCAUUUCAAAUUACUCAAAGUCUUGGAGUUGAGAAACAUAGAGAUGGAUCAUUUCCCUGUACAGAUUCUAAGCCUCAUCUGGUUGAGGUACCUAUUAUUGCUCUGCAAGAAGUAUUUAGACAUACCUCCAGAAAUUUGCAGGUUAUGGAAUCUGCAGACAUUCAUUGUUCAAGGGCCUAGUCUAUGGAAAAUAACUUUUCCUGAGGAAAUUUUGGGACUAAUGCAAUUAAGGCAUCUCAAACUGCCCGAAUUUUAUCUGCCAAAUCCCCCAAGCCUAUCUGAUGACAAAGGGAGUCACGUGUGUUUUUCAAACAUAAAAACUAUUUCUUCCAUGUCUCCAUGUUGUUGCACAAAGGAGUUUAUUAUGAGGAUUCAGAAUGUCAAAGAAUUAGGACUCAGUGCAUAUUGGAUUGACUCUGAUGGGCCUCUCAACAGUCUUGUCCAUCUGCAGCAACUUGAAACAUUGAGUCUUACAUAUCGUGGAGGAUUUUGGCCAGCAAGUGCAAAAGCUUUUCCAGCAACGCUCAAGAAGCUGAAGUUGGACCAAACUUAUCUAAGUUGGUCGUACUUGGACAUCAUAGCGGAAUUGCCUAACCUUGAGGUGCUGAAGCUGAUGAAUUGUGCUUGUGAUGGCAAAGAAUGGCGUCCAACGGUUAUGGGAUUUAAUCGAUUGAAGCUUUUGUUAAUUGGACAUAAUGAUCUCAAGUACUGGAAAGCCACAGAUGACAAUUUUCCUGUCCUUGAGCGCCUUGUAAUUAGAUGUUGCUAUUAUUUAGAAAAGAUACCCAUUGAGUUUGCAGAAAUCCACUCACUACAACUAAUUGAGUUAAAUUGGUGUCCUCCCAAACUUAGGGAUUCUGCAUCAAGAAUUCAACAAGAACAAGAAGAGCUCGGAAACAACCCCGUGGACGUUCAUAUCUCCAAUCCAGGUAAGUAUAUAGUAUUUAUCAAUGUCACACCCUAUUUCUCGUUUCCACAAGUCAAGUCGUACGCAAAAGUUAUUUAGCUUUGCCCUAUAUUCUUUCACAAAAGUAACUGUGACAAAAUUUGGUUAAAAUCCUACUUAAAAUGUAAGAGAAAUUAACAAGAAUAUCCUUUAUAUUUGAGGGUAGUACAAAAUGGCCCCUUAAAUAUAUUUUUGAGCAAUUUUGGUACUUAACUGUACAAAAUGUGGGCACAUUUGUUCUAAUUGUUACUCAUAGAGGUGGCAAAUGGAAUGUUUGGGCCGAAGUUGGGCAGCUAAUGUCCAACCUUGUCAU